GCAGCGCAUUGUAAACAUCACGAUGGCACCCUCGCCGACAGUAUCGGUAUCACGAAAGAAAAAUGUAUAAAUACCGGUGUUGGCUUCCUCUCUGCUGGACUUGACUUUUGGCUUCAUCAUCAUCACCAUCAUCAACAAUUCAGCACCUCAGGCAGGUCCAGCCCUUUCAGUCACACUCCGGCUUUCUCUUCAAUCUUCCUUCCUCAGCACCAUUUAAUCCUCUCUCCUGCCGGUUCAGGUUAUAUCCACGACUUUUUUGUGCUGUGCACCCACCAUCAUUUUUGACUUUUCCAACACACAAUCGACAAAAAGAAAACCUUCAAAACACCGCAGACAAAAUGGCAUCUCUCAAGUCCAUCCUCAUGAGCUUCUUCGCUCUUGCUCCCCUGGUAGCCGGUCAUGGCGCUAUCAUCGCCGCAGUAGGCGACGCCGGUGGUAAGGGUAUGGCCCUGGGCAUCGACCCCAGCACUCCCCGUACCGGAACCAAAAAAACCCCCUUCCAGGUGGACACCACUCGAUUCCGUGGCCAGGCAGCCAAGACGGUCGGCCAGACGAUACAAGGGGGCGCCAACGAUGUUGAGAAGGGCACCCAGGCCAUCCUUGACAAUACCGGGGGUUCGCUGCCGCAGGUGACGGCCGGUGGUUCGGUCAAGAUGACGCUCCACCAGGUCAACCAGGACGGAGCUGGACCGUUUAGUUGCAUGAUCAACUCGGAUGCGCAGGCGACGGAAUGGACUAAGGUCAAUGUCGCGACGAAUGUUCCGGGCAGGCUCGGUCUCUCUAGGGCUACCACGACUGACUUCCCUUUGAUCGCUGAAAUCCCUGCCGGCCAAACAUGCACCGGAACCGCCGCUGGUCAGAACAACGUGUGCUUGGUGCGGUGCCAGAACCCGAUCGGCUUCGGUGGUGUCGUGCCCGUCCAGAUGGCCGGCGGUGCUGGUGCUGGUGCUGGAACUGGUGGUGGCAACACCAACACCACUACCACCGAAUCUGUUAAGUCUAACAAGCGCCCUCUUGCCAGGAGGUACUUUGCCAAGCGUUCCGACCUUGAGAAUGAUUCUUUGGAGGAUUUGGAGGAGUGGCAGCACGACGAAGACGACGAGUAGAGGGGCACUACCUCUCUCCGGUAGUGUUCUUGACGGUGCUACGACGGGUAUGAGUGCGAAAACGAUGGGUUGGAAAGUGAAGUGAGUGACUUGAACUGGGAUGUCAGUUACAUGGAGUGUAGGAUAUUGCGGUCAAGUAAAGAUAGGGGGGAAGGUGAAGCCGGAGUGUGACUAGGGUGGGAAACUUGGGAUCUGGAUAGUGCUCCCCCACUGUCACUGACAAUUCAAUGAUUGAUGUUUAAACUUUUACCUAUCCCAAUCUGUCGUGCUUGCCAGAAGUGAACCGCCAAUAUAUCUUCACUUUGAGGCUGUCACAACUCACAAGAAGAAACGGCUCGCGUGCUCGACACUG